AUUUCUAGAAAUCCCCAAUCCCCAAUUGAGGAUUUCAAUGGUUUCCAGGCUUUUCUGAAUUAGUGAGGCUUGGUUCAGUAGCACCCUACCCACAUUUGCCAUUUAGGAGAAUCUUUCUCUCCUUCUGUGUCUCUCUUUCUUUUGCUUUCUGUACCAAAGUUACUGUAAUUAGAUCUUUGUCAGCUUCCUAUGAACUCCCUAUCUCACAUGCUACUGUCCAGAACCCAAUGGUGUUUGUACUUGUUGUUUUAGAUCCAAGAUAGAUCCCCCUCUCUCUUUUCUCUUCUUAUUUUUCUAAAUAAAGACUGGUGGUGUCUUCUUCUCGUCUUAUUGCUGUGGGUAGAGAUAGAAGAACAGGUUUGGAGGGAUUUUCCUCUGUUUCUGUCCUCCGCAGAGUGAGAGACAAAGCGCAGGAAGCUGCCUUUCGGUCUCGCUUCUUGCUGCGAAGAAUCUCCUCUUUCUAGAGAGAGAAGCGUCGAGAAGAGGCAGGUUUCUCUUCUUCGGCCACUGGUUUCUGAAAAGAGAGACGAAGAGUACGGGAAUAGAGAAGGCAGAAUGGGAUCGUCGUCCAAUGGCAUCGACCCGGCGAGCAAGGGGGCGAAGCUGGAGCGCUAUAACAGCUACCUCCGCCGGAUCAACACCACCAAGUUGAUCGCCGCCUCUUCCAAGCUGCUCUUCCGCGCCAGUCUCCUCAUUGCCCUCCUGCUCGUCCUUUUCAUCACCUUGUCCCCCACCAGCACCGGCUCCUCCCCCACCGACGCCCUCCACCACCACCGCCGCUCUCUCUCCUCCUCCUCUUCCUCCUCCUGGGGCGGUCCCCAAUGGGAGAAACAGGUGCGGGCAUCCUCCACCCCUCGCCGCCCGGGCGGCCUCUCUCUUCUCGUCACCGGCGCCGCCGGCUUCGUCGGCUCACACCUCUCCCUGGCCCUCAAGAAGCGUGGGGACGGCGUUCUCGGCCUGGACAACUUCAAUAACUAUUAUGAUCCUUCCCUGAAGCGCUCGCGCCAGGCCCUGCUAGCCAAGCACGGCAUCUUCAUAGUGGAGGCGGACAUUAACGACGCCGCGCUUCUCGCCAAGCUUCUCGACGUCGUCCCCUUCUCCCAUGUUGUCCACCUCGCCGCCCAGGCCGGCGUCCGGUACGCCAUGCAGAACCCCGCUUCCUAUGUCCACUCCAACAUCGCCGGCCUCGUCACUCUGUUCGAAGCCGUGAAAUCCGCCAAUCCCCAGCCCGCCGUCAUCUGGGCAUCGUCCUCCUCCGUCUACGGACUCAACACCGACAACCCCUUCUCCGAGGAGCACCGCACCGACCGUCCCGCCAGUCUAUACGCCGCCACCAAGAAGGCCGGCGAGGAGAUCGCCCACACCUACAACCACAUCUACGGUCUCUCCAUCACCGGACUCCGCUUCUUCACCGUCUACGGCCCCUGGGGCCGCCCCGACAUGGCCUACUUCUUCUUCACCAAGGACAUCCUCAGGGGCAAACCCAUCAACGUCUUCAUCGGCCCCGACGGCAAGGACGUCGCCAGGGACUUCACCUUCAUCGACGACGUCGUCAAGGGCUGCAUUGGCGCCAUCGACACCGCCGAAAAGAGCACCGGAAGCGGCGGUAAGAAGCGCGGCCCGGCGCAGCUCAGAGUCUACAACCUGGGCAACACCUCCCCUCUUUCUGUUCAGAAGCUCGUCUCCAUCUUGGAAGGUCUCCUGAACGUCAAGGCCCGCAAGAACAUCAUCAAGAUGCCCAGCAAUGGCGACGUCCCCUUCACUCACGCCAACGUCAGCCUGGCCGAGAGGGAUUUCGGCUACAAGCCUACCACCGACUUGGCCACCGGCCUGAGGAAGUUCGUCAAGUGGUACCUCAGCUACUACGGCAUCGAGAGCAAGGCCAAGAGUGGAGGAUCGGCUCAGAGUUGAGUUAAUCCUCUUCAAGACCUUUUCUCUUGGUGUUCUGUGUUUCUUCUGUGGGUAAAUUAAAUUGUCAAAUUAUGGUAGUGUCUGUGCUGUAGAGAUUUUUCCUUCUCCUCUUCCUUGGUCGUUAGAAUUAUGAAGGCGGUAGGUGGAGGAAGAUGAAAAGAGUGUGAGGUUGAAGACGAUUCACGGUCUGUUUCACAGAAAAAGAGUGAUUGUGGAACAGAGUGUGGCGGUGAAAAGGAGGAGAGAAAGACAUAAAGAAAGCAAAAGUUGAACAGAAAUAAAAAUGUUUGAUAGGAAAAGUGAUUGGGAAUCGAUGAGAGACCCUCCUUCCAAGUGUAUAAUCGAGAGUUCUAUUCGUUUAGCUGUUGUUCUUAUCUCAAUAUGUGCAGUCUACAAACUGUAUGAUAUAUAUUUUUGGAGAUUAUGUGGCGCUUCUGGUCUUAAUUGCCAUUGUGGCAGUCAUUCUCUGCAAUCGUCUCAAUGUUUGUCGUUCUGCAAUGAAGUUCCUUUUUCAAUUUGUUGCAGUUUUAUGUGCUUAUAAGCUCAUGUUUUCUAUCUUUUUAGAUAGAGAAACAUUUUUAGUUAAUAAAAUACGUUCAUUUUCAGUA